CAAAACAACUACUUCUUGCUCAAUCUGGCCAUCUCUGACUUUCUAGUGGGGGCUCUGUGCAUCCCCCUCUAUGUCCCCUAUGUCCUCACUGGCAGAUGGAGCUUCGGGAGAAGUGUCUGCAAACUGUGGCUCGUACUGGACUACUUACUGUGCACCUCCUCAGUUUUUAACAUCGUCCUGAUCAGCUACGACAGGUUCAUCUCAGUAACCAGAGCGGUGAGCUACAGGGCUCAGCAAACUAACAGCAGGCAUGCAGUGCUGAAGAUGUCCAUGGUUUGGAUACUGGCCUUCCUCCUAUAUGGACCUGCCAUCAUAACCUGGGAAUACAUUGCUGGCAAAUCCAUUAUCCCGGACGGAGAGUGCUUUGCCGAAUUCUUUUAUAAUUGGUACUUCCUGAUCACAGCUUCCACCAUAGAAUUCUUCACUCCUUUCAUAAGUGUGACUUUCUUUAAUGUGUCUAUCUAUCUGAACAUCCAGAGGAGGACAAAAACCAGACUUGACCUCUUACAAGAGCCGUACAGCCAGACAACCACUGAUAAUAUAAAGUCGGAACCAGAUCCGACUAGGUCUAGAUCUCUGAAAUGUUGGAAAGUGACCCACAAAGCAUUUAAAAAGGGGCGUUCUGAUGCUGAGGCCUACAAAUCAGCGGAGGCUGAAAUACUGGAACGGGUUAAGGGAGUUAAAAGGUCUUCUUUAAACGGGAAUACGCCAUCUGUUUUAGGUAAAGCAAGAAGUACUAGAAGAAGCUUUGCAGAGUCAGGAUCCACUCCGUCAUUGGAGAAGCGUAUGAGGAUGGUCUCCCAAGGAAUCGCCCAGCGUUUCAGAUUGUCAAGAGACAAAAAAGUAGCCAAGUCUUUAGCCGUCAUUGUCUGUGCAUUUGGAAUAUGUUGGGCACCCUACACCUUGCUGAUGAUCAUUCGGGCAGCUUGCAGAGGUCACUGCGUGCCAGAGUACUGGUAUGAGGCCUCCUUUUGGCUCUUGUGGGUUAAUUCAGCCGUCAACCCUAUUUUGUAUCCUCUCUGCCAUUACAGCUUUAGGAGGGCAUUUAAGAAGAUUUUGUGCCCACAAAAGCUUAAAAUCAAACCACAUAGUAAAUUUAAUUUCUGUUGGAAAUGA